AUGAAGUACGCACUAAUCUUCGCUGCCACUGCAGCUGCCUACGAGGCCUACGGCGGAUACGGUGCGGAUGUGGAGUCCAGCUCGGCUGUCAAGCCUAGCACUUCCGCAAAGCCUAUCGGAUACACCACCAUCGUCCCAGGCUAUGGCAAGCAGCCGGUCACUGUGACCACCCAGCACCAGCCGUACCCAACCUGCGUUUCUCCUGCCUACGGCGGUAAGGAUUGCGCCAAGUGGGAUGAGGACGCCUACGUGUCGACUGUGAUCAAGGACUACGACAACAACUACGCUACAAUCACCAAGACUGCGCAACCUGUCGUUGUCUACCAUACCAAGAAGACUAUCACCCACUCCGCCACUGCCACAAGCGGCUACGCUGCGCCCACCGGCGUUGCCUACAAGAACGGCACUGAGGGUUGCUGGUACGAGUUGUACGAGAAGAUCGAGGAGGUGCCAUACAACCAACUUGGUCCUCACGCACUUCCCGGAUACCCCGGCUCCGGUCUCUACAAGGAGGGCGAGAAGAAGCAGCCCGUUAACGUCAAGGAGUACAAGGGCGGAAAGUGGUCUGAGUACGUCCACGAGUACUCCUACGGCACUCCCAAGCCUGAGGUCACCACCUACGAGAAGCCCGGUGUCUACACAAUCCCUAGCAAGGAUGUCACUAUUGACCACCCUGUCACCUACCCAGCUGAGGCUACCAAGACUGCGAAGGCUGGUGAGACAUGCACCUACGGAGGUCAGUCCAUCGAAGCCAAGCAGACCGGUUACAUCACUGGUGCUUAUGCUGCUUAUGAGACAAAGGUCAACGGUGGUAAGACCGUGACUGAGACCGUGAUCAAGCACACCACAAUCUAUGCCUCUACCACUGGCAACUACGAGGUCGCAAAGCCCACAACCACCGUGUACGACCAUGACACCGAGGUCGCAUACCCAACUGCUAAGCACUACGAGGCGGGUGUUUACCACCACGAGGCUCAGACUGUCACUAUCACCAAGCCCGGACAGGCCUACACUUGCGAGUACGAGCAGACCAAGAAGCACGAAGCUACCUCGACACCCAAGAAGAGCACCGACCACUCGGCCUACCCUACCUCUGUCCCCGCUCACGACAACUCUUACGGCCACAACAAGCCAUCUUCAACCCCUAAGCAGCCUACUGAGGGCCAGAACAACUACCCUUCGUACCCUGCCACCCCCAACAAGCCCACUGAGGGUGAGCACAACCACCCCUCUUACCCGGCUACUCCUGAGAAGCCUACCGAGGGCGAGAGCAACUACCCUUCAUACCCCUCAACCCCCAAGAAGCCUGUCGAGAGUGAGAGCAACUACCCCUCUUACCCUGCCGGUCCGGUAGAGGGUCACUCAUCUUCCGUUCAGGAGUCCUACCCAACUUCCGCACCUGCGACUAUCUACACCAAGCCAUCCUACAACGGCGGAAACGCCUAUGGCGAGACUGGAAAGUCAACCAUGGCCACUGUUUCUUCCAAGGAGAAUGCUUACCCUGAGUCUACUCCUGCCUACGGUGCGGGUUCUUCAGCUCCUGCUUACGGUCCUGAUUCCUCUGCUCCUGCCUAUGGCACCGCUUCUUCCGCAAUGGCCAGUUCCACUCCUUGUGAGAGCAGCUCUGCUUCCUCCACUACUGCCAAGUCCUCUGCCUACAGUGCUUCUACCCCUGCUUUUGAGUCUUCCAUCUACAGCGCAUCCAAGCCCGCUGAGGCCAGCUCUACUCCUUGCGAAAGCAGCACUGCUUCCGUUACUCCAGCGAAGUCUUCCGCCUACAGCGCCUCUACUCCCGCCAAUGUUUACACCAAGCCAUCUUACAACGGCAACACCGGCUACGGCGAGAAUGUCAAGUCGACUCUCUCUACCAUCUCUACCAAGCCUUACCCUGCGUCCACUCCUGUAGAGCACUACCCUGCAAGCGCUAGCUCCACUCCUUGCGAGAGCAGCACCGCGUCCAUGACACCCGCCAAGUCGUCCGACGUAUACAGCCAGGCUACACCCUCCCCAGCCAAGUCUUCGGCCUACAGCACCCAGGCUUACGGCGAGGCUUCGUCGACUCCCGUCAAGCCCACCUCCGCCCCUGCCUACGACAACACUCCCUACCCCGCUGGCGCCACUUCUACCCCCUGCGAGAGCAGCGACAAGCCUUCCGCUACUCCUUACGUUCCCGCAGCUUACCAGCCUGCCCCUGCUGAGGGCUACAGCAAGCCCCAGACUGGCUACGCUAAGCGUGGUGGAUUGAACGAGCGUCGCAAGAUCGCUGCUGCGAACUAG